GCCCGGCGCGGGAUUGCUGCGUCACAUUCUUACUAUAGACGCGCGAGAUGUCCAAGAUAGAGAAGAUGAGUAUUUUGGGGGUGCGGAGCUUCGGAGUGGAAGAUAAAGAUAAGCAGAUCAUCAUCUUCUUCAGUCCUCUGACUGUGUUGGUCGGACCCAACGGGGCUGGGAAGACGACCAUUAUAGAGUGUUUGAGGUACAUCACCACAGGAGACUUCCCUCCAGGAAGUAAGGGAUCCACGUUUGUACACGACCCAAAGGAUGCCAACGAGACGGACGUGCGAGCCCAGAUCAGGCUGCAAUUCAGCGAUGUGAACGGGGACAAGGUGGCGGUGCAGAGGUCCAUGCUCAGCACACAGAAGGGCAAAAAGAGCGAGCCAGCGUUUAAAACCCUGGAGGGAGUCAUCACCAGAAUCAAGCACGGUGAGAAGGUGAGCCUGAGCUCCAAGUGUGCAGAGCUGGACCGUGAGAUGGUGGCGGCGCUGGGCGUGUCCAAGGCCGUGCUCAAUCACGUCAUCUUCUGCCACCAGGAGGAUUCCAACUGGCCGCUCAGCGAGGGCAAGCCCCUCAAGCAGAAGUUCGAUGACAUCUUCUCGGCCACCAGGUACAUCAAGGCCUUGGAGCACCUGCACCAGCUGCGUCGGACGCAGGCCUCACAGGUGAAGGAGUGCCAGCUGGAGCUGCCCUUCCUCAAGCAGAACAGGGACAAGGCCCAGGAGAUCAGGGACCUGCUGGGGGCCAAGGAGGCCCAGCUGGUCGCCUCCAAGGACAGCGUCCGCCAGAUAGACGGCCAGAUAGAGCCCCUGGAGGUGCGUCUGGGGGACAUUGAAGAGAACCUGGGGAAGGUGAUGAAGCUGGACAAUGACAUCAAGGCCCUGGACAGCAGGAGGAAACAGAUGGAGGAGGACAACCAGGAGCUGGAGGAGAAGAUGGAGCAGGUGUUCCAGGGCUCGGACGUGGAGCUCCAGGAGAUGUACCAGAACCACCAGCGCACGGUGAGGGAGAAGGAGAGGAGGCUGGGGGACUGCCAGAGGGAGCUGGAGAGAGCCGGCCGCGAGUGUCAGAGACUCAACACCAUCAAGUCGGACCUGCUGGUGGAGCAAGGUGGUCUCCAGCUGGAGUCAGAUCGCCACCAGCAGACCCUGAAGAGCCGUGAUGCUCAGGUGCGUUCCUUGGCAUCAUUCCUGGACAUGGAGGGUUACGACCGCGCCCCCUUCAGCCAGCACCAGCUGCAAAGCUUCCAGCGCCAGGUCAAAGAGAGGCUGAGCCAGGAAACAGACGCAGCCAAUCAGAUCAUGAGGGACCUGCAGGAGAGGGAGCAGCAGAAGCAGCGCAGCAUGGACGAGCUGCGGGACAAGAAGACGGGUCUGGAGAGCAGCGUGGAGCUGAAGACGGGCCUGCUGGAGAAGAGGCAGGAGGAGCUGAGCAACGUGGCCCAGGAGCUGAACGCCCUGCAGGGAUCCUCCAGCAGACUGCAGGAGCUGGAGCUGGAGCUGGGGAAGGCGGAGCGAGAGCUCCAGAGUGUGGUGCAGAGCUCCAGUGUGGAGGCUCUGAAGGCGGAGGUGGUGGAGCUGCAGAAGGAGAAGGCAGACCUGGACCAGACCCAGCGCCGGCUGGACCAGGAGAUGGAGACCCUGACCACACACACCAGUGCCCGCACGGAAGUGGACAUGCUCCGCAAGCAAAAGGCGGAGAAGGAGGAGCUGGUGAGGAAGAUCAAGGCCAGGCACCAGGAGGCGCUGGUGACUCUAAUGGGACACUUCCCCAACAAGAAGGAGCUGGAGGACUGGAUCCACGCCCACGGCCGCCAGAUCCACUCCACCAGAGACAAGCUGGCCUCGCUCAAUAAGGAGUUGGCGUCGGGGGAGCAGAACAGGACCCACAGCGCUGCCGAGCUGAGGAGUAAGGAGCAGCAGCUGGCCAGCUGUGAGGAGCAGCUAUCUGCCAUGUGCAGCAGCCAGGGUCUGGAGCAAGAUCUGGUCAGGCUAAAGGACGACCUGGACAAGACCUCCAAACAGAGGGCCAUGUUGGCAGGGGCCACUGCGGUGUACAGCCAGUUCAUCAGCCAGCUGACGGAGGAGGGCGAGCCGUGCUGCCCCGUGUGCCAGCGCACCUUCCCCUCGGAGGGGGAGCUGCAGGAGGUGGUGGGGGACAUGCAGGCCAAGCUGCGCCUCGUCCCGGACAAGCUGAAGAGUGCCGAGCAGGACCUCCGCAAGAAGGAGAGGAAGAGGGACGACAUCAUGGCGCUCAAACCUGUCAGACAGUCCCUGGUGUCCCUGCAGGAGCGGGAGCUCCCGGAGCUGCGCGGCCGGCUGCAGGCGCUGGGCCGGGAGCUGGAGAGGCUGCGGGUGGAAGCGGAAGAGCAGGAGGAGAGCCUCUCCUCUCUAUGCUCCGAGGAGGACAGCGCCAAGGCUUGCCUGCAGGAUGUCUCCUUGAUGGACCGCUACCUGCUGGAGCUGAGGGAGGUAGAGAGGAGGCUGGCGCAGCAGAGUGCUAAGUUGCAGGGAGUGGACCUGAGCAGAACCAUGCAGCAGGUCAACCUGGAGAAACAGGACACACAGCACCGCCUAGACACCAUUAGCAGCCGUAUCGAGUUGAAGAGGAAGCAGAUCUCUGACCAGCAGGAGCAGAUUCAGAGCUUGAAGAGCAGCGUGAACGAGACACGGGCCCAGAAGCUGCUGCUCUCCGCUCACAUGCAGAAGCGACGCCAGCUGGAGGAGGCCAGCGUGGAGCACACUACUGAGAUCCAGGCUCUCCAGAGAGAGAUAAAGGAGGCCAGGGAGCAAUUGACUCCUUUAGCCUCAGCUCUGGAGAAACUGCAGCAGGAGAAACAGGAUCUGGUGGAGAGGAGACGACAGAGACGAGAGCAGGACCAGGAGAAGAUCAACGGCAUCAGAGAGAAAGUGAAGAACAUCACUCUGCAGGAGAGAGAUAUCACCAGAUACACACAGGAGGGGAAAGAUAAAUAUAAAGAGCAAAAAGAGACUGAGCUCCGGGAGACCAGUAGCAAUCUGCAUGAAGCAGAGAAGCAGAAAGACAAGAUCAGCAAGGAGAUGGGCAACAUCAGACAGGACAUUGACACACAGAGGGUCCAGGAGCGGAGUCUGCAGGACAACCUGACCCUGCGGAAGCGCGUGGAGGAGCUGAAGGAGGUGACAGUGAAGCGGCAGACGCUGUUGCAGGAGAUGGGCAACAUGCAGGUCCUCAAGCUGCGCACGGAGCGCCGGGAGUCGGAGCGCCGUGUGGAGGAGCUGAAGCGUAGCCGCAGCGUGGCUCUGGGGCGGCAGAAGGGCUUCGAAGAGGAGAUCCUCCGUUUCCGGAAGGAGCUGCGAGAGGAGCAGUACGGCCAGGCCGACGAGCGCUACCGAGACAAGCUCAUUGUCAUGAGAACCACGGAGCUGGCCAACAAAGACCUGGGAGUGUACUACAAGGCCCUGGACCAGUCUAUAAUGAAGUUCCACAGUAUGAAGAUGGAUGAGAUCAACAAGAUCAUCAGGGAUCUCUGGAGGAGCACCUAUAGGGGACAAGAUAUAGAGUAUGUGGAGAUCAGGUCUGAUGUGGACGACAACGCCGGGUCGAAGAGGAGAACCUACAACUACCGCGUUGUCAUGGUGAAGGGUGACACCGCCCUGGACAUGAGGGGGCGCUGCAGCGCCGGACAGAAGGUGCUGGCCUCCCUCAUCAUCCGCCUGGCCCUGGCUGAAACCUUCUGUCUGAACUGUGGUAUUCUGGCUCUGGAUGAGCCCACCACCAACUUGGACCGCGAGAACAUUGAGUCCCUGGCCCACGCUCUCAUAGAGAUCAUCAAGUCCCGUUCCCGCCAGCGUAACUUCCAGUUGCUGAUCAUCACCCACGACGAGGACUUUGUGGAGCUCCUGGGACGCUCCAACUACGUGGAGCACUUCUACCGCAUCAAGAAGACCCCGGAGCAGCACUCGGAGAUCACCAAGUGCAGCGUGGCCUCGCUGUCCUCCUACCUGCACUGACACAUGCACGCAGGCACACGCACGCAGGCAGACACACACAGACAGAUGCUCCCACGUGCAGACACGCACACAUAGAUGGGCAUAAAUGCACACAAACAGACCAAUAGACACGCAUCACAAAUGUACAUACGCCUAAUCAUACACACUCUCCCAUUAAGCUGAAAUGUUUACUUUGAAAGUCCAGACUGUUUUCUGUUGGAACUAAAAGUCUGCUUUUCAACGCUGACGCUUCUGUCCUCUUCCUGGUUCCUGUUGUCUGUUAAGUUCAUAUCUGUACUGUAAUUCUGUUUAAGUUUAAAUCGGUACCCUAAUUGUGAUUUUGUAUGCUUUUUGAAGUGUAUGUGUGCGUGCGCAUUUCGAGCGAGCAGUUGUUUGCUGCCUGAUAAUUCAGUCACUAACCACACACUGGUCCGGUCUUCAAAGAAUUUUCACAAAACAAAAUAUCGUUUCUUCUACAUCAACCACAUCAUCAAGAUUAUAUCGACUGCUUAUCCUCUCCAAAUGUGGUUAUUUACUGACGCUGCAGUAAAAAUUAUUAAGAGGUGGGGAGAACAAUCACCGGCACGACAUCCUGGGUGUUAUGCAUAUAAACCCGCGUGUUGGUCUUCAGAGUUCAAACGUUCUCGUAUCAGCCCAGACACUUGACUUCCCAUCGCCACGACGACGCUCAGAGUCUCCAAACUCGCCCUGACAUACCCCAGCGCUAGGAUGAAAAUACCUGCCCUUUUCCUUGUCCUCGUCACCGUGGAGUUGGCGGUGGCCCGGUCAGUGAAGUCGUUGCCUGAGGUCAUCCACAGGAUUGCCCUGGAAGAGCUGAUCAAGGAGGCCAACGGCACGCUCGGCACAAACGAG